GUUUUGGUUUUUGCCCGUCAGCUGCGCUGCGUGCAAGCUGCGGUGAUCAUCAACUCGCGAAGGUCUGCGUUUAUUUGAUAAAAACACAGUUCGAAGUGGUUGUAAACGUUCUCAACAACGUCUUCUCCUUUUGUUGCGCGAAGAGGAAAGCGCCUACUCGCAAGUUGGUAACUUCAAACAGAUCGGCAACGUUGCGUGAAUGCACACGCGUCGUGGCAGUUUCCGGAUGAAUAGAACCACAACGUUGGCACGUCUAUAAUAUAAGCAGCCCGAGAUCGUUUGUCUGUACUUUUCUUUUCGCUGACGCCAUUUGCAGCGACCUCGAUAUUCUCUCGAUAUCGCCAUCCUAAGAGGCUCAUUACAUUUGUGACCAUAUCGGAUCUUUCUCCGAUUGCUUCGUCGGCCUUUCCGAUGCAAAGUGACGGUACUUCCACCAACGGCCCCGCUUUGUGUCUUUACCGUUAAUGCAACUUGAGACCGCCUCGUUAUUUUGUUGCAAUACACCAGAGGGCUCUGUGAGCUGAAGUGCCAGACCCGGGCAGCUGUUUUGCAUUCGCACAGCAAAGUACAUUUGUGUUAUUUCUGAGCUGUGGAUGAAUUUGUGAACGUGUCAAAACUAUUGCAUGUCUUUAUCGUUACUACGAUUGUGUGUAAUGCAUGUAAUGAGUAGUUCACUCGAAGCGACCCCAAGGGAACCUUCGUCACCGAUCUUUGCGGAUGACACACACGUGUUUUAAGCAGACAAGGAGAUGCUACGGUGAUGGAUAGCGGCCAUUAUUCUAGAACAAGAUUUGUUUUCAAAUUGCUGACCGCAAUAUUGAUCGGCGAUUUGUCAUCGAAAAUCCUCUUUUAAGCGUGAUGUUUCGUCUUUUGUCGGUUUGGAUGGGGACGACGACGUAAAGUGCUGCGCGAAAGAGAGGGGCAGCAGGAUGGAGGAUUUCCGGCAGACGUACUUACGCCUGUGUGACGAGAGGGGUGUGGAGCCCCAAGAGAGCGUGCUGGCCCAACUGCAGGGAUGCGGGGCUUCCCGUCUGGAUGUGAGUGGGCUGAGUCUGUCCGCAGACACCUGCACACUGCUCGCCCGCGCUUUUCAAAAAGACACUCGCUUCUCAGAGGCGUCGCUCAGCGACUGCAUGCUCGGUGACGAAGGUGCCAAAGUUUUCCUGACUGGUCUUUUUUACAAUACAACCCUUCAAGUCUUGAAUCUCAAGGGAAAUAACUUGAAAUCAGCAGGGGCUGAGGUGUUGGGAAAGUUGUUGGCACGUAACAAUACUCUUACCCGGUUAGUGCUCGACUGGAAUGCACUCGGAGUGUGGGAUGAAGCCUUCCCUAUCUUUUGCGAGGGUCUGGGCUCCAACAGUGCGCUCACGCAUCUUGACCUGCGUAACAAUCAGAUCGACCAUCGUGGGAUGUUAGCGCUUGCUCAGACUCUUAAACGCAACAGCAGCCUGAAAGUACUCGAUCUGAGGUGGAACAACAUUGGUCUCCUGGGUGGCAGGUGUCUCCUCGAGGCUUUGCAAAGCAACCACAAUGUUGAGCAAUUGGAGCUGGCAGGGAACAACAUACCCAGCGACACGCUCAAAGCGCUCGAUUGUAGGACGCAACACAGAUCGACAAUCCGCCCUGAGGGAAAGCCGCAGCAGAACCCAGGUCCUCACCAAAGAGAUUCAGAACUUGAAGCAGGAGAAGGGUCGUCAGUUCCAAAACUUGAUGGUGACCAUCGACAGGCAGAGAGAGGAGAUGGGACAGUCGAGUCGGUGAGAGCAUCUGCGCAAGAUCAUUGGUGCACUUCCAUACAUAUCAGCCAACUCCAGGAAGCUUUAAAUGAGAGGAAGUCGGCCGUCCAAUCGCUCACUGCCAAAUCGCAGAUGACGGAGGCUGCCCUCGCACUCUCUGAGCAGAAGAAUCACAGCCUGGCUGAGCUGAUAGCAAGACUUAAGGUUGAGAAGGAGCGACACAUGGAGGCGCACGGCAGAGAAAAGAAAAAAGAACACGAGGACAGCGUUUCCAGAGAAGGAAAGCUGCUCAGAGAGAUCCAAAACUUAACAGACGCCAACGUCCAGCUGAAAAAGAAGGUGGAGGAGGUGGAGCGCAAGUGCAAGUCCCAGCAGCGUCAGCUUUUUGAGCUGAAGCAGGAACUGACCAACAGCACAGCUGAACUGAAGCUUAAACUAGCACAGGCAGAAGACCGCUUGGAAAUUGAGAAGCGAAGGUUCAAGCAAGGCCUUGAAGACAUGGAUCAUCUUCGACAAAGAGAGGUUGAACGUGUUAAUCGGCAUUUAGAGGACAGCGAGAAAGCCCUACGGGAACGCAUCUUCAAACUGGAAGGACAACGAAUUCAACUGGAGGAGGACUUGAGCAAGGCUAAAGCAGCAUUUGUGGCAGAGAGAUCCCAGGCAGAGGAGGAACUGAGUAAAGCGUGUGCUCAAGUACGCCAGGAAGAGCACGAACAUGUGUUCUCGUUGGAGGAGAAGCUUCGCUCGGCCCGUUCCUCCUUGCAGGAGGUCCAGCUGCACUUUUCCCAACAGAAACAGAUGAUCUCGGAGCAGCAGGCCAAGAACGCUCAAUUGACCGUUGAGACAGACUGCCUGCGUCGUAGAAUAGAGGAGCUCCAGCAGGAAUUGUCCGGGAAGGACCAGGAGAAGGUGGCUGAGGUGAGUCGGGUGAGGUUGGAGCUCCAGGAGCAGAUUGGCCACUUGGAGGCUGAGAGGAUUGCGCAAGGAGGACUGAAAGAGAAGAUCAGUGCCCUCGAGAGGCAGAUUAAAGUACUGAGCGGCAAUCACCGAGAGGCGCUGCUCGACAAAGACGGCGAGAUGUCUUCUCUGCUGGAGAAGCUCCGACUGAAAGAGGCGGCGAUCAAGAGGAUGAGGGACGACGAAGCCCAAAGGGCGACAUACCUACAGAAUGCCGUCCUCACCUAUGUUCAAGGCUCCCCUCUGGCGCACUACGGCAGCCCUAAGAAAUGAAAGCCCAAUCCUUAGCCCUUACCGACAAAGAGUAUCGAAGUGUUGUUGACGCCGCAAAGCGGUGCUGAUUCCAAACUGUACUUUUUUUUCCCUUGUCUUCGUUCUCAGGCCACUCAGAUCGACUACUUCUUGUACUAUUUGUACACAUUGUGCUAUUUGUCGUUCUGAAAAUCACGAGAAGUUGACGUGCUAUGUCCGACGAAUGCAUCCGUUGUCAGGGUGUGACUCCUUUUCACGAGUCUGGAAGGGUAAUAGAAUGAUUUGAGAAGGAUGCACAUGUUUAUGGCACACUGUCAAAUAUGAGCAACAACAUUUCUCGUUUUUUUUAAAUAUAUAUAAACUUUUCUGUAUUUUGCUGUUUUUAAACUCUUAUACCACUUUCGUUUAGACUCAUUUAGCCUUUCAAUUGUGUCUGUCAAAUCAGAAGGCAGUUCACACAUGCAGCUGCAACUAAAGGCCUGGAUGGACGUGACGUAAGAUGUUGAUUUCAAUUUUGAUUUCCAGCCACAUUUCGUCGACUCUGAAGUCCAUCAAAUGUAACGUUUGCAUUGUUUAAUGGCUCGCGCGCCCUCGUGCUACUGUCGCCAUUCACUGCGUUCACUGUGGCGUGGUCUGGGGAUGCAUGAGGUCACUCGUUUCUGUAACCAAAGAUACGUUUCUGCCGAGAUAGGUCACUAGCAAAAUGUCUCCGUUUUGUAGCUGUCUGGAUUUGCUUGCACCCCCCCUGCUUACAUACGCUACAUGAAAAAGCGUGCUUUUUUUUGUUUUCUCACCGUCUGUCAUGAAAUCAGACUAAGCGGACUACCAAUUUGACAAUUGUUCAUUGCUUUCUUCAAAAUCAGGCCACAGAAAAUGCGUUCGUAUUUGGUAGUCCGCCGGGAUAGGCUCCGGCGACCCUAACCGGGCUCGGCGAUGUUGAGAAUGGAUGGAUAUUAGGAUAUUAGGGGUCUAUAUAGCUCAAAUAUGGGACCCAUAAGGCAUCUGGAUAUUGCACCUCAGGAUGGACCGGGAUUGUGCAAGACCAUCAUUCUCUUACUGACAUCUCGUGUGAUUUCUUUUGACUUUCCCAUAAUGUUACACAACGAAGCAAUGUGUUUCAGUGUGUCAAUAAACCUAUUAGAAGUU